AAUGUUUAAACAUCCGUUUGUGUAAAUCCAAAGAGAGGUGAAAGAAGAAAAACGAAAAGAUGGGACGGAGCAUAUCGAAGUCGCCGUCGAGAGGAAGAAGCCGAAGGGAUCGAAGCCGCUCACCCUACUCCUCCAGAAGGAACCGUUCUAGUGUCUCUCCCCGUCGCCGGAGAAGCCGGUCGCCCAGUUACAGGCGCCGUAAGAGCCGGUCUCCGACGCCGAGACGACGUCGUAGGCAUAGAACUAAGAGCAGCUCUCCGUCUCCUCCACCCAAGUCUGCAACUCCUCCUCCUCCUCGUCUGACCACAACUGAACGGAAAAAUGCCAAGAAAGAGGAGGAAGAAAAGGCCAGGCUACUACUGGAGGCGGAGCUGAGGAGGUUAGAGGAAGAGACUGCGCAGAGAAUAGAGGAAGCGAUUCGGAAAAAUGUAGAGGAGAGGCUGGGUUCUGAUGAUGUUAAGUUACAAGUAGAGAGGCGGAUAGAGGAAGGUCGGAAGAAGCUGCUUGAGGAUGUUCAAGCUCAACUUCAAAGAGAAAAGGAAGCUGCUCUUAAUGAAGCAAGACAGAAACAAGAACAAGCUCGGAAAGAGAGAGAGGAGCUUGAUAAGAUGCUAGAGGAGAAUAGGAGGAGGGUGGAAGAGGCUCAGAGAAGAGAAGCUCUGGAACUGCAGACCAAAGAGGAGGAACGCUAUCGGGAGUUGGAGCUGAUUCAGAGGCAGAAAGAAGAGGCUGCAAGGAGAAAAAAAAUGGAAGAGGAAGAAGAACAUGCACGCCUGAUGAAGUUGUCUAGGUGGUUAUCACAAAGAGGUUUCAGAAUAACAUCAACCACACAAUUCUGAUCCACCUCAAGAACUCGAAUAUCACGACUCCAGGUCAAUUCUAAACAGUAGAAUAAGCCCUAUAAUUCAGCCUCACAUACAUCAUAGGCCAGCUCCAGUUCCCAGUUUUCUACAAAUCCAGAUUUCCAGUUCCCUGAAGUGUCUUCAUUGUAAAACAGCUCUUGCACUUAAAUUGUCAUUAUUCCAUCUACUUCCAUGAGUUUUCAAUUUGACACUACCACUAGGAGGAGGAAUCCAUCGUAAGGAAGUAGGUGCACAAGAGACUUUAGAUUGGGCAACAGAGUUGGCAGAAGGUGAAGAAUUAGCAAAAUCACUGGAUGGUCAAACUGGGGAUUAUAUGUCAGAAUCAAGAACAGCUUUGCACCACCACUUUCCAGAUAAACCACAAAGAAAAAUUUUACAUAAGGGACCAAGGAGUGACAGAAUGAUCUUGGAUUGGACUCUAUUUUCAAGUUGACAGGUAUCCAGUCCUCAAAGCAAAGAGAAAACAGCUAGAGAAGGAAGAGUUAUACACCAAAGUAUCCCAGACUUUCAAGGAAAAAUUCACAUCUUCUAAAAAGAUCCGAGGAUGUGAAUUGAAACUUAGUUUGGGGACAACAAAUGUGAUCACGAAAGAGCUUCUUUUGGUAUUAGUUAAUAUUUUGCCAUGAAGGACGGUCCAGAAAAAAGUGUGCAGUGUAGGAAAUAGUUUGGAACUUCACCUCUAGGUACUCUCAUCUUUAAGAAACGUAAGCUGGAGCUGCUGGACUGACAGAAAACUAACCAUUGGAACAAGAGGCCUCCAAGUCCAAAUGCAUCCAUCUUAUCUUAUCUGAUCCUAUAGUCUGUACUCUGUACUCAUGCUGAUUUGCCUAGAAGUGACAAGACAGAUGCAAUUUCACUGCUGAUUUGCAAAUUUGAGAAAUAUAGAACCACACCUGUGAAAGUAAAAGUAGGACCUCUUGUGCCGCCCUUUAAGAUGGGAUUUGAUCAGUCAGCGAGAAAUUUUAUCUAAAUUCCAUACUCCCUUUGGUUAUAGGAUAUGUAAUAUGUAGAGUGCUCUCUGUAUAUGUGGGUGAUUUCAUAAUCUUCAAAACCAAGAACAAGUGUCUGCAGCUCUUUUGUAAAGCACCUAGAUGGUACAACAGAAGAAUCAGACUCCAGAGGUUUCUUGAUGCGCAGAGUAGCUGCAUUUUCAAUCCAUGUAUUAUUCACCGAGCCUCUGCGUCAGUAGGUUGGACACAGCUAAGAUUGGCGAUAAAGCCAUGCAGUAAUAAAUCUUUUUAGCUCUUUUACUCGACAUUAAUUGCUGCAAUUACUGUUCCUAUUCGCCAAUAGUAAUUCUUUGUUUUAGGUACCACAUCAUUGGUAACGUUUUGGUAAUCAAGUGGAAUGUAUCCUUCUACGAAUCAUCAUUUGUAAGAAUACUUUCAUAUGAUGUACUUAUUAGUACUGUCUUGUUAUAGUCCAUGGUUGUUAGC